UUCAAACGCUUACGGCGAAUAAAAAAAACAUGUAUAAUCAAAGUGUAACUAUCAUAUUCAAUUAAGUUAUUAAAUUUACAGUUUCACGUAAUAAGUGCAGAAAAAUUGAAUUAUUAGAUUUAGAAACGAAUGGAGUAAUAAAAUGAGUUUCUUUUUUAGCAACCUAUUACUUAAUACUGAUAACUUGUUUUAACGACUGUUAGAAAUAUUAUACAUAAUUUUUACCAGCUAUUUAUGAAAUACUGUGUAAUGAAUAUUCAAGAAAUUGUAGCGUUUAUAGUAUUUUAUAUAUGUCGCAUAAUAUGGAAGUGAACAAUGAUUUUAAGACGUAAAUAUGUCUUUGGCAUGUUAUGGAUUUAUGUUUCUUGUGAUUGUUUUACCAAUGUUUAAGAUCAAUGGAAAUAUACUGGGACGAGAAGCAGACUAUACUCUGGAUGAUUCAUUUUGGAAUGAAGAAACUCCUGCUGGUGAAGUGGAACGGUUACUUCGUCAAUAUCAACAGAAUGAAGAAUUAGUAAAAAAUAUAGGAGCUCAUUUCUAUCAAAUCAUUUACCCUGUUCAAUUAAGACAUCACGAAAAAAUGGGAAUAUCUACUAGAGAAGCAGGCAUUCCUAGAUUUCCUCAGAAAAGCAGUUACAAUGAAGGCGUUUUUCCAAGACCAAGGACUAGAACUGGAAAACACUUUCAUCGGACAUCACUUCUUAUUAAGGCUUUCAAUCAUAGAUUUCGAUUAGAUUUGGAAUUGAAUACACAAUUACUCGCUCCAAAUUUGGUACAAAAAGAUUAUUUAAUUAAUGGAGCAGAACAAAUUUCAAAGCAAGAAAUUGAACAUUGUUAUUAUCACGGCACUGUUAAAGAUUACCCAGGUGCGAGUGCAGCAUUUCAUACGUGUAAUGGUGUUAGCGGAGUUAUUCAUUUGGGCAAUGAAACUUUUGUGAUCCAUCCAUUUUAUGGCGGAGAUAUGUCGAAACAUCCUCACGUAAUAUUUGAAGCCCGAACAAAAGCUAUGAAAGGUUGCGCAAACUCAGGAACACUGGAAUGGCGUACAAAAGCACGUCGACAAAAGCAAUUGAAAAGUCCUUUAGAAAAUAUAACUGUUAGAUACAAAAGGGAUGUGCGUGAAGUUACGAAGUAUAUUGAAACAGCCGUUUUCAUUGAUAAAACUAUGUUUGAUAAAAGAAAUGGAAGUACGAGAGCAGAAGUUGUACAUGAUAUGAUACAAGUAGCGAAUAUUGCUGAUUUGUAUUUUCGUACUUUGAAUACAAGAGUCUCAGUUGUAUACAUUGAAACAUGGCAAGGUGGCAAUCAAAUAACCGUUGAUAAGAAUACUGAUAUUAGUCGAGCUUUGUUGAAUUUUGAUGAUUAUAAAACGAGAAUGUUUCAAACUACGCAUGAUACUGCUCAAUUACUAACGGGAGAGAAUUUUGUGGGAGGUGAAGCUGGUAUAGCUGUUCCAGAAACCGUUUGUAGUCAAAAAUCGCUUGGUAUCAGUGUUGAUUUGAACAUUUAUGAACCCCACCUCUUAGCAGGUACAAUGGCUCAUAUGAUUGGACAUAAUAUUGGCAUGUCUCAUGAUGAUGAUCGUUCAGGAUGUCGAUGUCAUGAUUGGCAUGGCUGCAUAAUGGCACAGUCAAUUAUUGGUUUGGAAAAUGUUCAGCCAUAUAAAUUUUCAGAGUGCAGCAAAGCAGAUUACAUAGCAGCUUUAAAAGACGGAAAAGAUGUUUGUCUAUUAAACAAACCUAACGAGCUAGAGGUACGAAGAUUGUGUGGAAAUAGGAUAAUUGAUGAGGGCGAACAAUGUGAUUGUGGUACCAUAGACGAAUGUCAGAAUUUAGAUCCUUGUUGUGAUGCUAUAACUUGUAAGCUAACACGAGAAUCAGAAUGUGCAUCUGGACCCUGCUGCAAAAAUUGCAAGUUGCAACAACGUGGCUUUAUCUGUAGAGAAGCAACAAAUGAGUGUGAUUUACCUGAAUUCUGUACUGGUGACAAUGGCCAGUGUCCAACGGAUGUUUAUAAGAAAAAUGGACAUAUUUGCGCUCAUGGUGAUGGAUUUUGUUUCAAUGGAAUUUGCCCAUCUAUAAAUCUUCAGUGUGAACAAAUUUGGGGAUAUGGAGGAAUAGCUGCUGAUCAAGAGUGUUUUGAACAGUUUAAUCCUAAAGGUGCUAUUAAUGGGCAUUGUGGUACAGAUGUUUCAGGACAUUUCAUUAAAUGUGAAUCCAAUAAUGUCCGUUGUGGCCUUCUACAAUGUCAAGAAGGAAGUAACCAACCGAUAAUUGAUGGAAUUAAUACCCUUUAUUCAAGAACUAUCAUAUCGAACAAAGGAAAAGAGUACGAGUGCAAAGCUACAAUGGAAGAUAAAGCAGAAAUAGAAAAAUCUAUAUUAAGUAUUGGAUUAGUCCGAGAUGGAUCUCCUUGUGGUGAUAACUUGAUUUGCAUUAAUCAAACCUGUACUAACCAGUUCCCUCACAUAGAUUUAGAUAAAUGCCCUAGUAAUCACGAUAACCAUCAGUGUUCAGGACAUGGUAUAUGCAACAACCUUAAUAGAUGUUACUGCGAUAUUGGGUGGAGUGGACCAGAUUGUUCUUUGCGACAGGAACAAACAUUAGAACCUAUCACAAGCAGUACUGAAUCAUCUUUGUCUUCAUCAUCAAAAAAUAAAAUGGAAAAAAAGGAAACACCCUACGAGAACUACCACGGCUCUAACACUGUAUAUUUAGUGAUAACGCUCAUGUCGGUGGUAGGGGGUGUUUUUGUAGUAUUUGCAAUGAUGGCUCUCUGCUACAGGUCAGUCGUAGUACAUAAAAACUUCUCCCUCUGUCUCAGAGUAGGCAACGCAGGUAUCAAGCGUCGCCGAUCCGCGCAGGCAAGCCCAGUCGCCGGUGCUGCCGAUAACGAAAACAAGCUGCCGUCAGUGGCCCAGCUGCCGUCGGCUAGCACGAACAUACGUCCGCGCAAGCUGAAACGCCGAAACCAAAGCGAAAGCAGCACCGGAACACUAAGCCAAAUAUGGGUGGCCCUUACUGCAGUACCGCGUUGGAUUUAUAGGCCCGAGGUUAACCAGAGUAUCACGGAUGCUGCGAAUGCAGUUUUUAGGGUUGAGAGUGAGGCGGUGCACAGGACAACGACUCAGGCCGAGCAGCAGGCUUCAUUGCCGCCUCAGGACAAGUCGCUCGGCGAUCGCGUGGCGCUAAACGUGCUAGUGGUUGCGACUGAGCUACCGGCUCACGCGAACGCACCAAACGAUAGAACAGGUAGUACGUUCCUCUACGCCGAUUCAGAUAGAUCGGCGAGCACGAAGUAUCACGCGCCAAGGGUAAGUUCUUGGGUUGAAAACUGGGAGCGUGAGGUAUGGCACGGUGAUCGUUUAAAGACUUCAGGUUUACCUGAAAUGACGAAAAAUUUUGAGUAUGGUAUUCUAUGGUAA